CCAAAACCCUAGACCCCCCCUCUACGAUUCCACCUGCCCUUUUCACCGCAACGCCUGGAACUGCCUCAGGAACAACAGAUCCGGCAUGGGCCUCCUCAAUUCCUGGUCCUGGAUCCCCGACGGGGGAUGCGAGCUCCCUCGGGUUGACCCGGGGGCGUUUCUUGAUUCGGUGAGGGGGAGGAAGAUUGGGUUCGUCGGGGAUUCUUUGAAUGAGAACUUCGUGGUUGCUUUUCUUUGCGUCUUGAGGUCGGCCGACGGCGGGGCGAAGAGGUGGAAGAGGAAGGGGGCGUGGAGGGGAGGGUAUUUCCCGAGGUUCGACGUCACGGUGGCCUAUCACCGGGCUGUGCUUCUCGCCAAGUACACGUGGCAGCCUGUGGAAAAGUUAAAUCUCCCAGAUAAAGAUGGACUGCAAGGUUUCCAUAAAGUCGAUGUUGAUGUUCCAGCUGAUGAAUGGGUCAAUAUAACAAAGUUCUAUGAUGUCCUAGUAUUUAAUACUGGACACUGGUGGGGUCUUGAUAAAUUUCCAAAAGAAAAACCUCUGGUUUUUUACAGAGAAGGAAAACCUGUAGUUCCUGCUCUUGGAAUCUUAGAAGGGCUUCAGGUGGUCCUUGAAAGUAUGGUUUCUUAUAUUGAAAGAGAGGUCCCUAAGAGCACCCUAAAGUUUUGGCGCACUCAGUCUCCUAGACAUUUUUAUGGUGGUGAAUGGGAUCACAACGGCAGCUGCUUAUUUACUGAGCCUCUGAAACAGCAAGAGCUCGAUUCAUGGUUUGAUCCCAGGAAUAAAGGGGUGAACAAGGAGGCCAGAGAAGUCAACCUUCUGAUCCUACAAGCAUUGCAAGGAUCACGUAUUCGACUUUUGAACUUAACUCAUCUGAGUGAGUUCAGGGCAGAUGCUCAUCCCGCAAUCUGGUUAGGGAAAAAAGAUGCGGUAACAAUCUGGGGACAGGAUUGCAUGCACUGGUGCCUUCCAGGUGUCCCUGAUACUUGGGUCGAUAUCUUAUCUGCACAAAUAUUAUACAACUUGGAAACAGGGUAAUGUGGUAAUUAAAAAUUAUAAAGAAGCAAGUGUUCUGGCCUGCAAGUCCUUAAUCUGAAGAGAUGGUGAGUUUUUUUGCACGAAAUCACUAGAGGACAUAUCUUGGGAGAAGACUGGCCGAUAUAAUUCUUUCAAGUGCAUGACUAGACUGGCCGAUAUAAUUCUUUCAAGUGCAUGACUAUGGAAUUCAGAAUUUGUGGCCCCGUGUACUUUUCUUUUUCCUCGUUCGUUAUGUACCAACUGGGUCCUCAUAGUACAUGGCAUGUUUCUAAACUCAAAAGUCUCAUAUGGUGCAAUGAUCCUGAGCCAAGGAAAUAUUAUUUCCGGCCUCUCAUAUGCAGUUCAUUUUUUACGAGUUUGGUUUUA